AUGGCUGCUUUUAUAGUGGCAAGCGCAAAAGCAACAGCAGAAAAGCAGCAGCAGCAGUUCCAAGAAGCAAUAAGAGUAAACUGCAACAGCACAACAGCGCAACAGCGCAACAGCGCAACAGCGCAACAGCGCAGCAGCGCAACAGCGCAGCAGCGCGUUUGCAACAUGCAUGUUUGCAACACGCACAAGCCGCAGGACCCUCGCACCAGAACCGAGGGUCCUACUCCCGGAGGGUCCAUUUGCAGAAAGGGUCCAUUCCGGAAAUGGCCUUCUUAUCGUGGUCACUUGUUUGUCUGGCCGGCAUCAGCCAAAAGCGACGCAGUGGAUGUGCUGUCGGCAGCUGAACCCCGCCGGCGGCGACGCACCCAUAUUCGGCGACGAAUUCCCGUUCCCAAUCGGUACUUUGACGACCAUCCUGACCACCCAGCGUACAUCCAGCCCUGGUCGUCCACCGAGUCGGUCAUUAAAACAUACCAACGUUCCCAGUCCCAAUUCCAAUCUAGGUCAGGAAGUGGAUAG